GUUUACACGGAAAUAAACUAUAACAAAGUCAAAUCAGGUUCAUAUUGAAAGUUAAAGUGUUUUUAGUACAAGAAUAAAACGAGAUGGUUAACCUUGGGAUCAGGAAGGUGGAUGACGCGCUCGUGGAGAAACAUCCGGGGUUGCAACAGUACGCUGCCUGCCAGUCCCGUGCAUUUAUGAAAGGAACAGGAAGCUUCAUGAUUGGUACAAUAAGCUUGUUUUUAGCACAGCAGGCACUACAGAAAAGGUUGAAGUAUCCGCUCCAGUGGAACCUUUUAGUAUCUAUUGUGGCUUCCUCAGUGUUCAGCUACACAGUAACACGUUGGGAGACGACAAAGUGCACAGAGCUGUGGGUUUUAUUGGAAAAAGGAGAAGUACCUGAUUCCAGUCCACCUGAGGAUGAGCCUCUAACACCUGCAGCUCCCAGAGUCACAAAAUAUGGAGAUUCAAUGGAAUAAAUUUGAAUGAAAAUCUGCAGCAAUAUCAGUGAACAGAGAGAGAGAGAGAGAGAGUGCGUGUGUGUGUGUGUGUGUGUGUGUGUGUGUGUGUGUGUGUGUGUGUCUUACAGGAAUUUUGAAUUAAGC